AUGAGGUUGCUGCAUUUAAUUGGCACAGUUUUGUUAGUGACAGGAGCUGUUGCUAUCAAUGAAAAGACAAGUCAAGAGUCAGCUGCUCUAACUUCUUCUUCAAAGCAGUUACAAAAUAGGGAGGAUGUUUCUAUGGGUCAGGAACAAGAUGACGUUUCGCAAAAUCCGGAAAUAAAGUUACCUGCAAGCCUAUCUACUGAAGAAUUUGACAAGAUAACCAGGGAACGAUUAGUUAUUGUUGAGUUUUAUUCUCCUUAUUGUCAUCAUUGCAAGGUAUUCUCCCCCAAAUGGGAAGAAGCUUAUGUGGAGCUUAAAACUAAGCAUGACGACUGGAAUAUUGAAAUGAGGCAAGUAAAUUGUGUUGAAAAUGGAGAUUUAUGUGAACGAGAAAAUAUUGAGUUUUAUCCCAAUAUUCUACUAUAUGCACCUGCCCUAGACUUUGAAAAGAAACCAACUGGGAGAUCCAAGAAUGUUGGCUCGUUCCCACGAACUUUGGAAAAAAAUACGGAAAAUGUACUCAAGUACUUGAAGGAAUCUCUAGCUGAAUAUGAUUCUGGUGAUAUAAAUUUACCAACCAGUUCAAAAGCCUUAAAUAUGGACGAUAUGUUGAAGGCAAUCAGCGGCGAAAUUGAAAAACCCUUGUUUGUUUCAUUUUGGCAGUCCAAUGAAAAGCAGUGGACAAGUGUGGACAUGGGCGGUAAAUUGAGGUUUGGUAGCAAUUGUGCUGAUUGCUUACAUACAAAGCAAAUUUGGGAUAGGUUGAGCAACAAGAUAUUGACAGUUGCUGAUUCGGGACACGUAUUGUGUCAAGAUAAUCCAGAAUUGUGUAGUCAAUUAGAAUUAAGUCUGUUCAAGAAUAUGAAAACAUCGCUUUCUAAGUUCAUUAUGUUUUUGCCCAAGAAUAAAGGGGCUAUCAGAUUUGAUUACGACGGGGUCAUAGACAUUGAUAAAAUGAGAUGGUGGGUUCACAAGUUGUAUGAAAAUAGUGUUUAUGAAGUGGCAUCUGCUAAAAGAGUCACUGAAGUGAUGGAAUAUACCAAAAGCUUACCCCAUACACCAAUCAUUCAACUGUAUCCAUUGAAAAGUAAAGUUACUGUUUUAUUUUUCUAUGAUGCAAAUACAGUAACCCCCGAGGACGAAGCAAUUUUACCGUAUCUUCUCAAAAUGUUGCAAAAAUCUCCAUUCAAUAUCCAGUUGUACAAGGCAAAACAUACAAAAAUUGAGGAGAAUAUUCAAGCUAUGGGAGAAAACUUAAUCGACUACAUCAACUAUGAUGAGAACGACAAGUAUGAAUAUAAAAAAGGUAUGGAAUUGGCCACUACUCAUACGGGAAAACCUACUCUAUUUGUUUUUAAAGACAACUCUUUGAUCCCUGAAAUUUUUCAGUCUUUUGCAGCCGAAGACAUGAGAAAACAUGAAAAGAUUGAGACAUUCCUUAACAAGGCACAGUAUCCAUUGUACGGAGAAUUGACUCCCGAGCUAGUUUCGACAUACUUUUCAACGAAUGACCCAGUUCUGCUUAAAGAUGCCAAAGUUGUGAUUAUAUUUGUUGAUUUGACAAAUGCAAAACAAACGGAUGAACAGUUGUACAAGUUGUCAUUAAUUGCACACGAGUACAAUUUUCUCAAAAAACAGCAUUAUUUUGAAAAAAUAUUAGAACAACGGCAGCAAAAGGAAGACAAAGUAAAAGAGUUGAAAGAGCAUGAUGCAGACACGGACAGCAUUUUGAUGGAAAUGCGGAGAGAAGUACCACAUAUUUGGAAUAACGAUGAUGUGUUUUUCACAUUUAUUGACGUGUCUCAGAAACCGAGACGAUUCAAAUACGUUAAAGGGUGGAAGAUCAAUCCUCAGGAUUACCGAGUUGGAGAAGCAGUUGUUUUGAGUAGAGAUAACAGGUACUUUUGGAAUACUGAUUUGCAGGGGGAUAAAUUGCAAAAUGACCCUAAGCAACUCAAGCUGGUGUUGAUGUCAUUAUUGCACAAGGAUGGGAAGACGCAUUUUAAGUUGGUUGGCAGUCCAUAUGGAGGAGUUUUCCAUUUUAUGGAUUAUGUUCAUGAUUGGGGAUUAUUUGGGUAUUUUGUGCUUCUUCUGGCUAUUUACUGUGUUGUUGUGACUGCUCUUAGUGUACAAAGGGUUUUCAAGAGAAGAAAGUAUAGACAUCAGGGGAUCAUUGGAGUUAACAAUGGUAAUAACAAUUAUAGUUUUCUUCCCAAGAAGGAUUAA